UAUAGUGUCUUGUAUACAAAAAAUCACUGAAAAUGGGUAUUUCUACUGGUUUAGAUACAGGAGCAAUAGUUAAUCAUAUGUCUGUUGAUGCAUUCAAUAUGAUGAUGCUUUUUUCAAUGGGUCAUUAUAUUUGGGCUGUGCCAUUUAAAAUAACGUUACUUUUAAUUUUAUUGUAUAUGCAAUUGGGUUAUAGUGCUUUGAUAGGAGCAGCAACUAUAUACAUAUUGGCUCCAUUGCAAUAUUAUAUAUGCUCAAAAUUGUCAUAUAUUCAGAAAAAGACAUUGGAAAUUGCUGAUGAUAGACUGAAAAGAAUAAAUGAAUUACUUCAGGGUAUUAAGAUUCUAAAAUUAUAUGGCUGGGAAAUAAAAUAUGCUAAUCAGAUUGAAACUAUUCGUGAUAAAGAACUAAAACUAUUGAAGAAGGAUGCUAUUUAUGUUGCUCUUAAUACUUUUAUUACUCAAGCUUCAUCAAUUAUUGUUACUCUUGUGGUUUAUAAUGUCAAAUGUAAACUAACAGCAAUUGUUGGACCAGUAGGUAGUGGUAAAUCAUCAUUGUUAUCAGUACUUUUAGGUGAAUUGCAUACAUUGAAAGGAAAUGUUCAGUGGUCAAGUACUUCGUAUGUAGCCUACGUUCCUCAAAAGCCUUGGUUAUUAAAUGCUACAUUGAAAGAGAACAUACUAUUUGGACAACCAUAUAAUGGAAGGAGAUAUCAUCAGGUAAUACAAGCAUGUGCACUUCAAGCAGAUAUUAACUUAUUGCCUUGUCAUGAUUUAACAGAAAUUGGAGAACGUGGUGUAAACUUAAGUGGUGGACAAAGACAAAGGAUUGCUCUUGCAAGAGCAUUUUAUUCACAAGCUCGUCUUGUAAUUUUGGAUGACCCUUUAUCUGCCCUGGAUGCUCAUGUUGAAUCACAUGUUUUUGAACAAGGAAUUAAAACACUUCUUCUUCGACGACAAAGGACUGUAAUACUUGUAACUAAUAAACUGGAACAUCUUACACAUGCUGCAAAAGUUAUUCUUAUGGAGGAUAAUAAGAUCAAAUGUCAGGGAUCAUAUUCUGAAAUUGAAAAAAUUGUAAAAGAACAGAGUGCUGCUUGGAAAAAAAUUGUAAUUGCAAAGGAAAAAAUCUGUAAAUCCAAAGGAGAAGAAGCAGUUAAGGAUCGACAUAAAUUUUCUCGUCUAUUAUCAAAGCAAGUUUUACACAGAGCAACAUCAACACAGGAAAUUCGUCCACGUGCAAGACUUGUUUCACUUAGUCGUCAGCUAUCUCACGAUCCAUCUAGUCCUCUUCCGUGUCACGAUUGCGGUGAUCACGAUGAUCCUAUACCUUCUAUUCGUAAUUCUGAACAGUCUAGUACUAAUCUAAUUAAAAGUGUUUUAUCGACUGAUAGCUUGAGAUCUCGAUCAAGUACUAGUUCCGUUGGAAUUUACAGGCAUCCAUGGAAGACUCCGAUGCGUUUAAAUUCUCGUAUAUCAGUUCAUACUGAAGAAAUGAUAGAAGAGGAAGAAGAACAACAACUUCAAGAUGAAUCUGGAAGUGAAGAAAAAUUAGAAGAUAUGUCUUGUGGAAAAUUGAUAAAAGAAGAAGAAAGAGAAAGAGGAAAAAUAUCAAAGAAAGUUUAUUUGAUGUUUAUGAAAGCUUGUUCACUUUCUUUAGCUAUCCUUGUUAUUAUAUUAAUAAUUAGCACUCAAGCUGUAAAAAUAGGAGCUGACUUUUGGUUAUCAAAAUGGUCUGAAUUAUCGUAUUCAAAUACUACGAUAGAAAAUGAUCCUAAUAUUAAGAAAUAUGUUGCUGUCUACGCUCUUUUAUCUGGUGUAGGCAUUUUACUUUCUCUUAUAACGAACUUGGCAGCACAGUUGACCUCCAUACGAGCUGUGAAAGUUCUUUUUUCUCAAAUGUUAAACAAUAUCAUACAUUGUCCUAUGAGAUUCUUUGAUACGACUCCAAUUGGUAGAAUUUUAAAUCGGUUUUCCUCUGAUAUGAAUACUAUUGAUAAGAAACUCCCAGUUACUCUGCCAGUUUUAUUACGAUUUCUAUUAUUAUGCAUUUCUGCUAUUAUUGUCGAUGUGGUGGUCACUCCAUAUUUUUUGGCUGCAGUUGUUCCUAUAAUGGCAAUAUAUUAUUUUAUUCAACACUAUUUUCGAUUUUCUUCAAGAGAAUUACAGCGACUUGAUAGUAUUACAAAAUCACCAGUUUUCUCUCAUUUUUCCGAAACUAUAUCUGGCCUUACUACAAUAAGAGCUUACAGAGAAGAAAAACGAUUUAAUGAAAUGUUAACAUAUGCUAUUAAUAACAAUAAUGCUGCACUUAUUAUGGUAAAUUCUGCCAACUGUUGGCUAGGAAUAGCAUUAGAUUAUUUAGGAGGAAUUAUUUUAUUUGUAGCAACAAUAGCUGCAUUAACUGCAGCAAUAACCAAUAAAGUUUCUUCGGCAUUUGUGGGUAUGGCAAUGACUUAUACUCUUUUGGUUCCAAUUUAUCUUAAUUGGGUUGUACGCAAUCUGGCUAGUGUUGAAAUGUAUAUGAAUGCUGUCGAACGUGUAAAAGAAUAUUCUCAGUUAACGACAGAAGAUUAUAGACGAGGCAACAGUUUACGUAAAGAUGAACUUAUAGCAUGGUUGAAAGAUUGGCCUAACAAGGGGCAAAUAAUAUUUGAAAAUGUAACACUAAAAUAUGAUGAAAACUUAGAUCCAGUGUUGAAAAAUGUAUCUCUGAACUUUGCAUCUGGUGAAAAAGUAGGAAUUUGUGGUCGUACGGGAAGUGGAAAAUCGUCGUUAGUCAUGGCUAUAUUCCGCAUACUGUUGAUCACUGAUGGUAAUAUUUAUAUUGAUGGUGUGGAUAUUAAACAAAUACCUUUAGAUGUCUUACGAUCAAGACUUUCAAUUAUUCCUCAGGAUAUUGUCUUGUUUUCUGGUACUGUUAGGGAGAACUUGGAUCCAAAUCAUCAAUAUAGAGAUGAAGAAUUAUGGAAUGCCUUAAAAGUGGCACAGUUGUAUGAUCUAGUCAUUAGUUUGCCUGGAAGCUUAGAUGCAGAAUUAAAUGAUGAAGGUUCAUAUUUUAGUGUUGGACAACGACAGCUAUUCUGUUUGGCUCGAGCUAUUUUAAAAAAGUCGAAAAUUUUAAUAAUGGACGAAGCAACGUCAUCGUUAGAUCCAGAAACUGAUCAAGUUUUGCAGAAAGUUGUAGCUUCCAAUUGCGCCGACUGCACUGUCUUAACAAUAGCUCAUCGCAUUAGUGGAAUACUCAGUUACGACAGAGUAAUCGUAUUAGAUUCGGGUCACAUCGUAGAAACAGGACAUCCCAUAGAUUUGCUGCAGAGAAGAGGCAGCAUGUUUGCUUCUUUGGUGAAAGCUAGUGAGCAUGCAUAAGUUU